AUGGUAGCUAGGGCGGUGGGGUUUAUGCUCACAGCAGUGUACCUCACCAUACUUGGAUGUCCUUUAUGUCAGAAGGACUGCUUAGCUGUGUACACCUGGGACUACUGGAAUGCCUCGAGCGGUCAAUUGCCUGACAAUUAUUGCUGGAAAAGGUCAGCGAAUUCCUUCAUGAUGGCCUUUAGAUAUUCCCUCUUAUACGCCUACCAGGGCUACAUCCCACAAUUGGUGAGCAGAGUCUGCCGCGGCGAGAAUAGAUUCCGCUCUGUCCCAGGCUUGGGAGGACUGAAGGCCUGGACCGAUAAGACAAACGCGGACUAUUGUUUGCUCUUUGCUAAGUUCAGCGACUGCAUCGCGAUCUUGUCCAUCGAUUUUAGUUUCGGUACGUCCCUGUACAUGAAUCUGGUGUCCUUCUGGAACUUUUUUGUCCGUCUCCACGAGUAA